GAACGUUCCUUGGCUUAAGCUGUCAUCGUCGUCCCCAACGUCGCUCUCCCUCCUUCCGCGACAAUGUACGCCUCCCUCAGGGACCACGACUCGCCACCGCCGACGUCUCAAUUUCGGAGGCCGUGGUCUCCUGAACCUUUCGACCCAAAUCCACGGACUGAAUUCUAUGAUUCCAAAUUGAACUAUCCUUGGUUCCCGACAUACAACCCGCCGGCACGGAGGAGGGAGCCCAGUGUAGAGGCACUGGACUUGGCGGACUAUGCUGCGAUGCUGCGUAGGCAGCCACCUGCGCAGCCAAAUUACGACUAUAAUGAAGAUCCGAAUGAUUUCGACCAUGAUUCUGUGCAUCGGGGAGUACCCAGCUUUGUGUCUAGAGGGGAAACACGCUCGUCAAACUCUCGCAAUAAUGCAUCUAGGUUUCGUCCCUUUCCUUUGCCGUCACCACCACCACCAGCGACAGCGGCGCAGGCCCAUAUCGCAGACUCCGAUCAUGACAUUGACGCCUCCCGCUUUCCUGCCUUUACUCGAUAUUGGUAUACCUCACCGCCUCAGAAUUCCCUACCAUUCGACGAAGACCCAUACAUUCUACCGCCCAAGCGAAUAUCUCAUAACGGGACACCAUUCGAUCCGGGCCAUACCUACAACUCAUUUCCGACACAUUCCACUCAGUAUACUGACUCAAAUGCUCUUCCUUGGUCAUCCGAUCCAGACCCCCCUUCGUACCUUGAUCCAUCUCUCAAAGAGGAGCGCAUUCGAAUGCUUGAAAGGGAGUUUGCGAACACUCCCAAUACUGCGCAGCAAGGAGAGGAGAGACCGCAGAUUGGUAUGGCAGAUGGAAGAGGAAAUCUGAUUACACAAGGGCCGAGGAAACGUACUACAACGAGAGUUCUUCAGGUGCUGCUGUCCCUGGCUGCUGGUAUCCCCGGGAUAUAUGCUGCUGUGGCCAUCAAAACGAAGGGGACACCUCCGCCAGCGGGUACACCAGCUGCGUACGUUCUUUACAUUGUCGCCAUCAUGACAUUUCUUCUUCUCUUCGGGAUGUUCGUCGUGCGUCCGUGUAUCAAGCGACCAAAGAAGGAGCGAAGCGCUCCUGGACUUAACGGGAUGAUGGUGCUACCUGUAUGUGGAAACGACAAGAAGAAAAAGAAAGGGAAGAAGGAAGGUCCACCGUCGCAAGAUGUUCAGGUCAACCUCAUCGUCGACCCGACAAUGUUUCAACCACCACAAGAGGAAAUCUCUGAUUCAGAAGACGAUGCUACACGGUGGGAAGGAUCUACUGCCUCUUCGCGCCGCAAAAAGAAUGCAAAACCUGCUAGGAGGAGCGUGUUUACUGGGCUUCAUAUGGAGGCGGAACGGCGGCGGGCGCGGUCCCGGGCUAAGAAAGUUGCCGUGGUCGACGUCUUUGGGCUUAUCAUAUGGGGUGCCGUGUUCGUGGUUGUGCUGCUGGGCAAGAGGUGUCCCAGUGGUGACUACGAAGGGUGGUGCAACGCGUAUAAUGUAUCCAGUGCUGCCGCCUGUCUUUUAUGUGUGGCGUUUGGCAUCAGUGUCUUUUUCGACAUCAAGGAUUUACAUGCGAGUAAGAUUUCCCCAAGGACGAGAUGACCUUUCAUUUCCGUUAUGUUAACGAUUUUUGACUUACCUUAUUGGUGGAUUCAUCACAUUUGUCAGGCUCUUGGUUGUUUAUUUUAUUACAGGCACAUUUACGGACUUUUAACGACUACUGACGCACGCACAUAUCCAUCUUAUUCUUAAUGUUAUCACCCUGUAUUCCUACAUCCGCUACAGAGAACUUGAAGGAAAACGAGAAGUGUUGUAUUGAUGCGUCACCUC